CCCCCCGGAGCCCCUUGGAGGACAAUGCACCCAGCGCUCGGCAACCCCCGCUCGGUCUCGUCCUCGUCCGGCUCCUUCCCGCCGCCCCCCGCCGCCGCCCGGCUGCAGCCCCUUUUCCUCCGGGGGGGUUCCUUCCGCGACCGGAGAGGCUCGGGCGACAGCAGCACCAGCACCAGCACCAGCCGGGGGGGAGGCGGCGGCAGACGCGGCGGGGGCGGCGGCGGCGGCGGCUCCCGCUCCCCCAGCAGCAGCACCGGCGCCGAGCGAGAGGACGACGACGAGAGCAUCAGCAUCAGCAAGCCGCUGGUGCCAGCCACCGCCGCCGGGCUCCCGGGACCCCCGGCUCAGGGGGGCGCCCCAGCCGCCAACCCCGCGCCCGCCGCCUUCUCCUCCUCGGCCGCCACCUCCUCCUCCACCUCCACGCCCACCUCCUCCUGCAGCAUGACAGCCGCGGACUUUGGCGGGGGCGCGGCGGCCGGGGCCGUCGGGGGCCCCGGGGGCCGCUCGGCUGGGGGCGCGGGCGGCACCGGGACAGGCAGCGGCACCUCCUGCUGCUCGUGUUGCUGCUGCUGCGGUCGCCCGACCCGGUCGGGCCGUAGGAGUCGACGCCGCGGCUGCGCCCCCAGCCCGGGGUGCCGCUGGGGCUACCAGGCGCUGUCCGUGGUGCUGCUGCUGGCGCAGGGCGGUCUGCUGGACCUGUACCUCAUCGCCGUCACCGACCUGUACUGGUGCUCCUGGAUCGCCACUGACCUGGUGGUGGUGGUGGGCUGGGCCAUUUUCUUCGCCAAGAACAGCCGGGGCCGUCGGGGCGGCAUGGCGAGCGGCGCGCACAACCACCACCAGCACCACCACCACGCCGCGCCGCCCCUGCACCUGCCCGCCUCCUCCGCAGCCUCCGCCGGGGCUGCGGCAGGGGCCAAGGCGCGCAGCGGCCGCGGGGGCGCCGGUGGCCCGGGGGGCGGCCCGGGGGCUGUCGGGUCAGCGGGCGAGUUCGCCUUUGCCUACCUGGCCUGGCUCAUCUACUCCAUCGCCUUCACGCCCAAGGUGGUGCUCAUCCUGGGCACGUCCAUCCUGGACCUCAUAGAGCUGCGCGCGCCCUUCGGCACCACGGGCUUCCGCAUCACCAUGGCGCUGUCCGUGCCCUUGCUCUACAGCCUGGUGCGGGCCAUCAGCGAGGCUGGCGCCCCCCCUGGCUCGGCGGGACCCCUACUCUUGCAGCCCCAGCAGCACCGAGCCGCCGGCUGCUUCCUGGGCACGUGUCUGGACCUGCUCGACAGCUUCACCUUGGUGGAGCUGAUGCUGGAAGGCCGCGUGCCGCUACCCGCGCACCUGCGCUACCUGCUCAUCGCCGUCUACUUCCUCACCCUCUCCUCGCCGGUGCUCUGGCUUUACGAGCUCAACGCCGCAGCGGCAGCUUCGUCCUGGGGCCAGGCUUCAGGGCCGGGCAGCUGUAGCCGCCUUCUGCGACUGCUGGGUGGCUGCCUGGUGGACGUGCCCUUGUUGGCGCUGCGCUGCCUCCUGGUGGUGAGCUACCAGCAGCCCCUCUCCAUCUUCAUGCUCAAGAACCUCUUCUUCCUAGGCUGCCGCGGCCUGGAAGCCCUAGAGGGCUGUUGGGACCGGGGGAGUCGGGCCUCCCCCAGUCGGGGGAGAGGGGGCUAUGGCGCUCCGCCCUCUGCCCCACCGCCGCCGCCGCCACCACCACCACCACCUCAGGGAGUCUCUCAGCUGGGCCACUGCAUCUCGGAGAAUGAGGGAGGAGCCCAUGGCUAUGUCAAUACCCUGGCAGUGGCCUCCCAGAAUUGAGGAGGGAUAAAGGAGAGGGGCUUACUUUGGGCUUGAGAGACCCCAGCCCCUUAUCCUCUGACCUUCUCUCACCCAGAUUUGAUCAGGCUCUAUUUGGAAAAGGUAACUGUCAAUAGGGCUAAGGGCCAGUGUGUCCUUCUGCACCCUGUGAGUCAAGACUGCUUGGAGGGAGACCAGCCGCUAAUGAUGAAGGAGGAAGGUCCACUUACUCGAUUCUCCCUUCUCCAUAUCCUACUCUAAUCUAGCCUCCAGGGGGCUGGAUACCUCUGCUUCUUGCUUUUCCCACUGCCAUCCUAAUUCCUGUCCAUUGUGGGGGAGCAUGGAGUAAAGGUGGUGCCCAGGCAGGGGGUGCUGGGCCUUAAGCCUUCCCUCUUGCUUGGAAGUGCCAGCUUCUUAUAGGCUGUGGUUAGUGGUCACUGUCCCAUGCCUUGAAACUGACCCGGAAUCCACUGUUCCCCUGAUGUGUCUAUUGGAUUUUUUUUCCCCCCAGAUAGUAGAUGCAAAGUCUGUGUUUGUCUCUGUGUAUAUAGUGUUGUUUUCUUGUGUCCACACUGUGACCCCUUGCAAUCAGUAGAUCUGGGAGGCCCUGCCCUCCCCACCACACAUAUGACCACUCUCCUCAUUGCUACCUGAAUUUGUGGCCCUGAAUUCCCAGAAAGAGCUGGGCUCCUGGGAGUUGCCCAGUUGCUCUCCUCCGAGGGAGAAGCUCACCCAGGACCUUCCUCAAUUCUACUCCUCUCUUCUCAGCUUGGGGAGGAGAGGGUCCCUACUCUAAGGACCAAACCACACCCUUUCUUGGGUGAGUGAGCAUUUCUACCUCCGUGCUUUCAACUUUUGUAGCAUCAUGUGCUGAUGCUGCUUGCAAAAAAUAAAGGCAAAAUACUCAGAAGUUGCAUUCAACAUGGCCACUGGAUCCAGCUGGGGUUUGGUGCCAGUCUUAUUACAGGGUCUGUGGAGUAUCAGCCAUUGGCUUGCUCUCUCUGUCUCCUUCCCUUUGCACCUGGAACUCUUAUCCUUCCUGAGGUUUGUUGCUGACUGGGUCAGAUCUUGGCUCAGAACAAAAGCUUUGGUGGGGUUCCUGGAUAGAUGUGAAGUUGGGGCUCCCAUCGGCUCAAGGAAAUCCAAUUCCCCAUCUGUCCUUCCUCUAGGAAGCCUGGUGUGUAUCAGAAAAUGUGGUGAUGACCUUCAUCCUCGGCUCUGGUUAAGAGAAUUUCUACGGAGAAGGCAGGCUGCAUAGAGAGGCUGGGCAAAUCUUACCUCCGCCCUGCCUUCCUCCCUAGUAUUCUCGCUGAGGUUGAUGAUGAGGGACACCCAGGGGUUGCCCACUUAUACUCUCUACGUGGGACCUCACUCUUGGAAUCUUUGAGGCAGGAUAAGUGUUUUUAGGGGAGGUAAGAGUGCAGGAGGGCAGCUGGCAGCAAGGCCAGGAAAUACUCAUUUUCUUCCACCCCAAAAUAAGAUGGGGUGGUGCUAUAAGAAUUUUUGUUUUCCCCUCCCCAACUUCUUAUGCUUGAGAAGUCUUGUGUGGUUUAAUGAACCCUGGACAAAAGACUAGAAGUCACGGACUGUAGUUUUGACUCUGUCACUCACUAGCUUUGAGUGACAUGUCACUUGCUUUCUGAGCCUCAGUUUUUCACUUGGGGCCCUUCUCUCUCAACUUCUUGGAAGUUUGUUGACAGAAGACAUCUGUCCAUGUAGACAGAGACAGAGAGGCUGAUGGCUUGAGCAGAGUUCUGAGCCUCCCCUACUGUCACAGUGGGGGACGAUGGAGGAAAAAUGUUUACACUCAAUGUAUUAUCUGUGUUCCCAGCCCCUCACCCUACCAGGUCCAAUAUUAGCUAGUUGGAUUUUACAAUGAAUCUUUUUUUUUUCUGCCUUCUCCCCCUCCCCCCUCUUACCCCAAUCCUCUCCCUUUAAAUUCCCUGUGCUUGAAGUUCUGGGCCCAGACCCUGGGUGGGCCCCCAUGGCUGCUCCCUGGGUCCCCAUAUCCUCUCUCCAGCGUUGCUCUCUCUGCUACCUAAUCUCAGUGACUGUGAGAUUAGG